AUGGAAGGCGGUGAGAAGGAACAAUUGACUCCUGCCACGCUAUGCAGCGCUUUCCUCGGAGUUUUGGGCGUAGGAAUGACUGUGUUUGGAGCCCUUGUCCACUGGGCAGGCAUCCUUCCACCAGAAGAUCAAGGGCUUGGAAUGCCCGUGCUGGUCCUUGGCAUCCUUUUCUACCUUGCGCACAUCUCUGAAGCGCUUUUCAAGAGCAAGACCUCCAAGUACCUGUAUUGGAUUAUGAGUGAAACAGACUUUCAGGCGUAUGUGAAAGAGUUGCAAGAAUCGCAGCCCAAGAUCAAGUGGACCAUCCAGAACUAUCACUAUGAGGAGAAGAGACACAGAGACAAAGAUGGCAAAGAACACGUUGAAAGGAAAAGGGUGAACACUCACUCUGCUGAGGCAUAUUAUGACAUCGGCGGUUUCUUGGACGAGACUCUUUCGCCUGCGCAAAUGAUUGCGAUGUUCCAUUUGAUGUAUGAUGGUGAGCAACAGGACUUAGAGGCGAACAAAAAGAAACCCAUUUCGAGAAUCUUCUUGCUCUGUGAAAUGCCUCUGGAAUAUCAUCCAGUCGAUGAUCAGGAAGAGCAGCGUUUAUUCGACAGGCGAGAGGCAUUUUGGCGCGACAACACCCGCGACACCCAUCAGGACAAAUCAACGACAGACCUUAUUGAUUGUGGCUACAAAAGCCACGUCAUGGUCAUUCUCAGAGAAGGUACUGAUGACAGUCGUGCAAGACCCUGGUGGAUGCAAUACUGGUUCUAUGCCAUUUGCACCAUUUUCCUGAUGAGCGUGCCCUUCAGAUGUUUCUUCUUUUCCCAUUGUACCAAGAUCCAAUGGGAGGUGCUAAAGCAUUUCUCCCACAAGAAUCAAAAUUCAUGGGCAGACGAUCCAAAGCACGGUCGUGCAAACCGAACAGAUACAGCGUCCAAAGCAUUUCGCAAGGUCAAGCGUGAAACACCUACGGGAAACUUCACAGAACCCAAUGUAGCCUGGGAUGCGGGGAAGCAACAACUGGAAGAUGUGGGGCCACCUGUUCAGGUUCCUGUUGGUGUUCCAUCCUAUUGGAAGAAUCGAGAUUUGGACAAAGACUUUGAUGACAAAAUAAACUUGUCUGCUGAUGAGCGAGAGAAGAUGCAGAAGCUCGUUGAUGUGACCUACAAGGACAAAGCAACCAGAGACCGGAAGAGUGAUGGCAUGCCAACCAGACUGGUGGUUACCCAGGUGGUUCGUAUGGAAGACAGCAAAAUGUGGCGUCGCUUCGAACAAAAACGCGCCGAACUUGCUCUGAAAGGUCGACCCAAGUUGAUGGCGGAGAUGCCUGGCAGUGGUGCCUUCAAAACCUCACCGAGCGACAGCGACGCUGCAGAACUGCCAUCCUGUCUCAAGGAAUUGACAGUGGAUUUGAAUGAAGCUUAUCUUUUUCACGGUUCCUGUCCCGGAGGUGCUUUAGGCAUUGGUGAGGAUGGCUUUGACAUGAGCCGCGUCGGGACAAAUGUGGGUACGAUGUUUGGGGCAGGUGCCUACAUGGCAGAGGCCUCCAGCAAAAGUGAUGAAUAUGCAACGGAAGAUCCCAGUGGCCUCUUUGCCGGGAAAUUCGCGCUGUUGCUUUGUCGCACCCUGUUGGGCAACAUGUUCUACAUCACAGAGUCAAACAUCCCAAGGAUCGAAGAUGCUCUGGCAACCGGGAAAUUUCAAACUGUCUUAGGUGACCGUGAAGCGGCUGUUGACACCUACAGAGAAUUUGUGGUCUUUGAUGAAGCACAGAUCUACCCGGAGUAUGAUGUAGAGAUUUUCUCCACAGACCCUUUGGCACGACCUGAAAAUCUCCUCGAUGGCAACGUCUGUGCGCAUGAUGAGGAACUUUUGGGCACGCUUUGCUACAAGAAAUGCUCCUUGUUGACAGACGGCAAGGCGCCAGUGCGAUUGAGCGCAUUCUCCUGUGCCAAGUCCAAGGGCUUCGAGGACUUCUUCAGGGGCAAGAUUGGUCUUCUGGUCCCUUGCGAAGGUUAUGAUGUCUCUGGCGACGAAGCAGGUCAUGGAUGCCCGCACAAACCUGGCACCUGCCUGGUCAACGAGGAGUUUUCCUUGGGCAAAUGUUACAAACGAUGUGAUGAGCUGACGGAUGGACAGUUCCCACACCGCACCAGUGCCAAUACUUGCUGCAAGACGAAGAACUUCCUUGAAUGCAUCGAGCCGACUGAAAGCACAUUCAGUUUCAACUACAACGUUGGUGGUGGCGAUGGCAGCCUUGCAAAGAGCCAUUCGCCCAAUGCAAAGUUCACAGAACUUGGCCAGUGA